AACACAUUUCCAAUUGCACAUGCUGUUACCUUUUAUUAUUAUACUGGGUGUAAAGAAAUAUUUGAAGGAAAAUUUAAUGAUGCUAGAGAAAAUUUAACAGUUGCAUUUGAAGGAUGUCAUAGAAGCUCUACAAAAAACAAGACAUUGAUUUUAAAGAAACUUAUCCCAUUAAACAUGUUGCAUGGAAUAAUGCCAUCAAGAGAUCUUCUGAAUAAGUAUAAUUUGGAUGUAUUCAAAGAUCUGACUGAAUCUAUUAAAAUGGGCAAUGUCCAAAAAUUUAGAGAAUGCAUUGAUGUUAAUGAAGUGUAUUACAUGAAAUGCGGAAUAUAUUUGCUACUGCAAAAAUUGAUAAAUCUCGUAUACAGGAACUUGUUUAAGAAAUUUUUCCUAAUUGCUAACAACCAUAUUAUACCAGUUGAAACUAUAACAGCUAUAUUGAAAAAAUUUGAUGAUCCUAAUACAGAUUAUGACAGAGCACAAUCUUUAUUAGUUAACAUGAUUUAUAGAGGGACGCUACGCGGAUAUUUAUCGCAUGCUCACAAGAAAGUUGUAUUAAGUAAAAAAGAUCCAUUCCCUACUGGUAAACAAGUUUUUGAUAAAGCUACAAAGUCCAUCAAUGAAAUUGGACAUAACUAGUUUAAUUUAAUGAAUGAAACAUGUAUGUAUUAUUCCCAUAAUAAAUAUAAAUUUUUAUGCUUACA